CUUCUGCUCCCCAAUAUCUAUGUAACUUCCUAGAACGUUCUUUUUUGUAAAAUUAAGUCUUUGCCUAUGUUGAUCUUAAUGGAGUGUGCGUUAGUUUUCUCUUCUCCUUUAAUAUUUGCCUCGCUUCCAUGUUAUAUACCUUCAAAUUGAGUGAUGGCACCAAGAGUUUCGAGUUUAGAAGCAGCCCAGAAAGCCAUAAACUCAAUUGGGUUGGGUUUUGACAUAACACAAGAUAUAGCUUUUGACAACUGUAAGAAGGGUUCAAGGUUGAUAUUUGUCAAUGAGAAGCAGUGCCGUAAUCUGGAGAUUCCUGGAGGGGUUUCAAUUCCAAAUGUCCCUAACUCUAUCAAAUGUGUCAGAGGGGAAUCCAUUAGAGUCCAUUCAGAAGUUCUCACCUUGCAACAGAUGUUGGAGCACUUCAACCAGGAAAUGUGCCUUGGAGGACAAACUGCAUCUGGCCAUUUCUGUGCUUCAUUUGGGUUAUCUUGUCGAAAUAUAAAAGAUUUGGCUUCUAUCAAGUCUCUUGCAUAUGAUGGGUGGUUCAUCAAACGCUAUGCCGUUGAAUUAGAAAGGUAUCAGGGUGAACUCCUUGAUCAUGUCAAAGAAGCAGUGCCAUCAUCAUGGGAUCCUGAGGCCUUGGCAAGGUUUAUAGAACGUUUUGGAACUCAUGUCAUAGUUGGGGUGAGCAUGGGAGGGAAGGAUGUGCUAUAUCUUAGACAAGGGGAUACAUCAUAUCUUGGUCCUACUAGUAUUCAGAAACUUUUGAAGGACACAGCUAAUAUGAAGUUCAAGGAUUCUGCAGACAAUCAUUGCCUGGCUUCUGAAGACUUAUGUAACCAAAAAGAGAAUCUUUUUAUGGUACAUAGUAGGAGGGGAGGAAGCAAUCAAAAGAUGUAUCAUAAUGAAUGGUUGGAUACUAUUGACUUGGAACCUGAUGUAAUAUCAUUGUUCCUUCUCCCUCUGACAUCCCUUUUGACAAGUAUCCGCGGGAGUGGAUUUGUGAGCCAUGCCAUAAAUCUGUAUCUCCGUUACAAACCUUCAAUUGAAGACCUUCAUCAAUUUUGUGAGUUUCAGCUACCAAGACAAUGGGCACCUGUACUUAGUGAGAUUCGUCUUGGUUCCCGUUGGAAGCAUCAAGUGAACACCUGGCUAAAAUUUAGUAUCUUGGGUCCCAAGCUUUACAUAAAUACAAUUCCAGUAGAUGUAGGUAAUAGACCAGUAGUUGGGCUAAGAUUACAAUUGGAAGGGAGAACAAGCAACCGGUUGGCCAUUCAUCUGCAGCAUCUGGCUUCUCUACCCAAGUCCUUACCACUUUCUGACAACGCAAAUACGUACUUGUCUUGUGACUCAUAUAGCUGCAACUUGCAUAAGAAAGUUAAAUGGAACUCCUUUUCAUACGUUUGUACUGCUCCAGUUGAGUCGGAUGAUAGUGUUUCCAUUGUGACAGGAGCUCAGUUACAAGUUGAAAAGAAGUGUCUCCUUUUGAGGCUGCGUUUCUCUAAAGUAAUUGGUGCAAUUCUGCAGAAGGAACCUGAGUGGGAUCAAUCCUCCAGUCUUGGCCAGUUUAGCAACAAGUCUGGGGGUAUCUUAGCAUUUAUUUCCAAAGAGGGACAGAGGGGUCAUCCAAAGCCAGGUGAUAAAACCAUUGGUUCCAAUACAUAUUCGUCUGCACGCCCUGCGCCAGUGCACACACCUAAGCUUCAAAGAUUUGUUGACACAACCGAAAUGAUGAGAGGACCAGAAGAUACUCCCGGAUAUUGGGUUGUGUCCGGGGCAAGGCUUUCUGUUGAGCAUGGCAAAAUAUAUCUCCUUGUUAAGUAUUCAUUAUUAUCCUUUGUUAUGCAAAGUGAAAGUGAAGCUUCAUAGAAGUGCUUUAAUGAUCACUUCACCUUCCUUUGAAGUUAAAGGCGCCUCACUGCCUGCAUGCUUAGCUUCUUCUAUGAAGCUUUCAGUUUCACUGGAAAAUAGUGAAUACUUAACAAGGAGAUAUAUUUUUCCAUGCUCGACAGGAAGACUUGCUCUCGAUUCAACCAAUGCGAAAUUAGUCCUUCACACUAUUUUGACAGAUAAUAUGUAGUUUGAAAUAUAAAUAAAUGUCAAUUGCUUAGAUAAUACGUCAAGAAGUGUGUAAUUUAUGUGAGAUUUUAUGUACAUAACUAAAAAGAAUAUCAAAUGAUUUAUGAUUGGCAUAUGGUAUAAUUUUGUUUUCUAA